GAAGAAGAGCAUUAUGCACGAGCUUCAACAGCAAAAUCUGAUGAUUUGGUCAAAGACAACAUUUUAGCUGCGCGUUUUUCGUUGUGACAGUUUUGGGAAUGAUUACGCGAAUGACAAUAUAACGCUCGGCGACCACAAAAUAUCUGGAAACACCGAUGUAAUACUAGUCAAAAGGAUCAUCAGCACUGCCGAGGGUGGUAAAAGGUAGUGAGAGCAGAUAGGCUACUCAUUUAUGCCCCGUCUGUCUCGGUUGUCGAGUGUGUGAGGCUCGCCAUGGAGAGCCCUUGUUCCGCCUUUGUUUACAGUAACGCCGAUUACAGUAAUCAUGUGUCUCGAUUUAGAGGAAAUGAUAAACCUCCAGAUCUGUCCAAAUUCGAUAUGUAUCUGAGAUCAGCCUGGGUGGAACGAAUGCAGCGUGGACUCUUCCGGUAUCACCUCGGCCACUUAGAAACACGAAUUCUUCCUGGCCAUGCUCGUCUGGUCGCUCAGUUAAAUGUCGAGAGGGGACAACAGAGACGCAAACCUCAGGAGAUCUUGAGUAUCAAACAGGAUUUUGACCCAAAGUUGUUCAAUUUCAACAAAGCAAACACCAACGAAACUAUGUUCGAAUUACGUAAACACGAAGUACCUGAAGCAAUCCAUGAAGAUGGAUUUAUCAAAGGCUGCAGGAUGAUAAUAAACGUCAGCCCUCUGGAGUUUGGACAUAGCCUCAUAGUUCCAGAACCAAACCAGUGCUAUCCCCAGGUACUGACACAUCAUUCUAUUCAAGUGGGGAUCGAAAGUGUCCUUCUAAGCACAGACCCAGGCUUUCGAGUUGGAUUCAACAGCAUGGGGGCAUUUGCUUCCGUCAAUCACCUUCACUUGCACGCAUACUACCUGAACCAUGAGUUGGCCAUAGAAAGCGCCCCCGCUGAGUCGGUGAUGAACGCGAGGGGCUUGCACUGUUUGAACACUUUUCCGAGAGGCUUCUUGUUAUACACGGAAGGGGGAGACCUACAUUCAGUUGUUAGUACAAUUCAUACACUUACAGACUUCUUGGUGAACCAUAAUGUUGCACAUAACCUUUUCCUAACCCGAGGGUCACCGCCCGACGCAGAAGGCGCACAUGACACCAGAAGGUCAGGAGUGCGCAUCAUUGUGUGGCCCAGGUUGUCGUGCUUUGGGGCAAAGGAGGAGACUGCCUUCAAUGUGGCACUAUGCGAGCUCGCAGGCCACCUGUCUUUCAAGAACCGAGAGGACUACGAGACUACGACGGAAGAGAAAGUGCACAGCAUUAUCAAAAAAUAUAUACUUUCUCCGGAAAUGUUUCUUGACUUGCAGGCUCAGAUAAUUUCUCAUUUAACUUUAUUAGAGUCUGACACGAAGCACUGCGAAUGAGAAGCCUAGCCUAGUCUAAUCUGUAUACAGUUUUUACGUAUUUUAUGUUUUUGGUUUAUUAUUUACUGGAGAAAAGGCCUGUCGGGAUUACGUUAAAUUAAAUGGUUGGGUGGCUACACACUAUGGCACCAUGUUUGUGUUUGGCAACCAUGUAACAGUGGGAGUUUCCAGCAAAGAUCUUAGAGCUGAGUGCUCUAGAAUCUUUGAUUUCCAGAGAAACGAACGUGUGUGGGUAGGCUACCUGAUCUGCACGGGUUACCAGAUGUUGUCAUAGAGGAAAGGGGACUGUAAAUAGGAAAUUGCAGAGCCAUAGUUGCGAGUUCAAAAUUCGUUAAAGUCACGUGGUUCAUGUAAACUUCAAAAAGUUCCCGGAAGUGAUUGACAAUUGAUUAGAAUGCAUUAAAUAAGCUACUGUUCAAUGAGAGCCACAAUUGUGGGUAAUUGACAGACAAUAAAUCCAUUGAUAUACAAUAUUUAUAACACAGUGUAAUUAUUGUGUAAACUAUGAUAUUAUACUACCAUUACAACAAUAUUAAAUUAGAUUACAGACCGUAACCUGCUAAAUAUCGGAAGGUGAUCUUUUUUUUCUCCAUUUUACGUAUUGUAACGUUUGAAGGUUUCAGGACGUCAAGAGUUGUUCAGAGCAAGCUUUAUUUGGCUGGGAACGGGGACAGGGACACAGACCCAGACCUUAAUACACACGGGGCAGGUCAAGCAGACACACACACUACACCUACAGGGGCGGUCCAGCCCCCACACAAGAAGGAACAUA